AUGACGGAACAUAUCGGCGAGUGGCUGCUCUUUGAUCACAACCAGCCAAAACGGAAACGGGCAGAAUUGGUCUGCUCUGCUUGCCAUGGCAAGAAAAUCAAGUGUGAUUUGCAGAGCAAAAAGGACAGCCCGGGAGAUGGAAAAUGCACAAACUGCCGUGCAGGCGGCAGAGAAUGUCGUAUAAGGCCAUCAAAGAGGAGAAGAAACGCAAACCAUGGCGUACAACAACCUCAACACGCUCGACCGCCUCCAUCUCCGUCGUCGGCCGACGAAACACGCACCGAGUCUGUUGUGUCACAUCCUCAGUCAUCUGGAAGCAAUCCACCUCCCCGUGAUAGUCCAAGGUCUCAGCGAGACAGUGGGCUGCAGAUCAUAAAACCGCCAAUAGCUUUGCACACCAGCAGAAGCAGUCCCACUGAUGUCGAUACUGGGUUUCUGCAAAUUUAUGGUCCUGAGAAUCAGUACGAUGCGCAACAACAAGAGAUGAAGGCUACUGUAGACCGUGACCACAACUUGUCUGGGCCCCGGCAAUUAGAGCUUUUGCAAAUAUUUGCAGAAACUUACAUCGACUAUGUGUACCCUUGGUGCCCAGUUCUGGAUGUGGGCACUAUCCUAGAAGACUGCUUGCGCUCUCCUCUGCUCGCCAAUGCCAUGGCGCUUGCCGCAAGCCAUAUACGCCCACCAUUGAUUCCUCAUGAAGGACCAGCCAACUACUACGACAAAGCUCGAAAUAUGUUUUACAAUGACGAAGAGGCCGACGGCGUGACUACAUUACAAGCUGUAUCGCUCUUUUAUUGGUGGGCUCCACGUCCUCCAACGGUCGCACACCGACACUCGUCGUGGUGGUGGACAUCGGUGCUUAUUCGACAUGCUCAGCAGAUGAACUUUCACCGUGAGCCGACUCCUCCUCAACCUGCUUUGGUUGGACCGGUACUUAGUCUCCGGCGUCGAAUAUGGUGGACCGCCUUUGCGCGAGAGCGCCUCACGGCCUUGUGUCAGAGCAAGCCCAGCAUCAUUGAUCCUCUAGACUGCAACAUACAAGAGCCCAGUCUCUCUGAUUUUCCUCCAGAACCAAGAAUGCAGCGGAAAGGAGAGAUAUUUAUCGCCUGGGUCCGUCUUUGUGGCAUUAUUGGUGACAUAGCCAAAUGUCUUUCCCGAUCAAAAAUGGAGCAAAGCUCUCCCUUUCCUACACACCUACGGCAGAAACUCGUGGACUGGGUCCAGUCGCUGCCUCCACACCUGCAGCUUCCCAUCGGAUCUCAGACGACAAUAAACUUUGAUCGCGAUGUGCAUCAAUUAUAUCUGCCUUACCUCACAACAAUUGUCAUACUCCAUCUCAAGCGUUCCGCUCAAUCGCUGCCACAGGCGCUUCCUCCAGCGAUACUAGCAGCUUCUUGUAUAGCCCGGAUUUUACGCGACAUCUUGUCCCGGGGCGACACUCGGUUUUUAAUGGCCAUUACUUGCUGGUAUUCCGGUACUGCAUUUAUUGCUCUCCUACAAGCCAGCCGGAUUGAAGGAUUGUGCCAAGAGGCAAAUGCCGAUUUGGAUGUUUUAACAAAUUCUGCCAAACAGUUGCAACGCAUGUGGGGAUCCGCAAAUAUCCUGUGUCAAGGUUUCGACCGGCUAAGAAGCCAAGCUGGACCGACUGGCGGUGAAAAACCUGGCCAGCCACUGACCGAGGACUCUCGUACUGCCAACUCCAAUCUUGGGGAUGACGCAUCAACUGUGGACGGGACAGAUAGAGACCUUGAGAAUAGUGGCGAGUUUGACUGGACAGCUCUGUUUCCUACUGUCACAAAGGCGACAAAUCGAAUAGCUGCAGCACUCCUACCUGGCAAAGAACCGGGAGCAGCAAGGACACGGUUCCCGUCGCCAGAGAAUACAUCAUUCCAUGAGACGCUCAUGACCGAGUAUCAAGACCUAUUCGAGCCGUUCGCACAAUUCGAUCCACUGGAUUUCCUGAAUCUCGGACUGGCUGAAUAA